CCACUCCAGCCUAACCUGAAGGCGUCCAAAUUCACACCACGUUCAACUGUCCAGUCGAGUGCCUGCAAGCUGUCCACGAAGUACUGGAGCCCCUACAUGUGGCGGCAGGCCUCCUGAACAGGUCUCCUAAGCAGGUCUCCUCGAGACAACAAGUGCUAUUCCUCAUAGGACAAAGAUGACAAUGCCAUCAGCGCCGUACUACACAGCCCGGCGCAUGCGCAUGCUGCAACCCCAGCCUCACAUAAGAACCAACAUACACGGCGCUGCCCCAUGCCGACCCAUGGGUCAUCACCAGCGCCCAUGGCCAGUUCCAGUCAUCGCUGCGUCGGCAGCAGCGGCCUCCACCCUCGUUCUCGCCGAGCCCCCAGUCAAGGGCAGCAGCGGUAACAACGCUAACGGCCAUGCCUCUAACAGCAGCCAUCCACGCGACAAGACAGGAGCUGCUAACGGCAACGGCCGCGGUUCGCCACCACUCAACGGGAGCAGCACCAGCAACAACAGGACCAGUGCCCUCGCCUCCUCCCCUGCCGUACAAGUGCAUGUGGUAGUUCCCCGCUGUACCACCGUGCCCGGAGAAAGGCUGGUGCUGGUGGGGGAG